CAUUUUUAUUCUUUUUUGUGUUGACUACUUGUUAGAAACUUUUGGAAUUUUCGACUUUGUUCUAUUAAAAUCAUCUUUAGAGAAAAUGGCCGUUGUUCCGUCUUUAGAGGAUUUGAGCAUCGAAAUUAUUCGAUUGAAUUCACAUAAGAUAUUUAGUUUAAAACUGGAUAAUUUACUUACUCCGCUCUAUUAUGCUGAUAAAGUAUUAAAUAGUAUAUGCGCAGAGGAUGAGGGAAUUUCCGAAGAUUAUUUACAAUAUUUCAAAAAAGAGAGAUGCCUCCUACAAAAUGUGAUGAUAAACUGUUCAAAAAUUCACGAUUUUUCUACAAUGUCUUUCUUGAAAGGGCACUUAUUAACUAAUUUAGAAUUAAUGCACAUAGAAGAUGGCAGUGUUCGCCAAUGUUUAGAAUACGUAGAACCAAACGAUUUGAGCAAUUUGACUUUAACUAAAGUAAACUUUUAUGGUGCCAUCCAACAAGAUGAUAAUAUGAAUAUAGUUAUGGAUGUCGAUUGGAUAGGAAGAUUUAAUGGAGUAACUACUUUGAAUAUUAGUUUUUCGGAUUUCGAUGAUGAAUAUUUUCUUGUUGUUUGUAAAGAAUGUAAAAAUUUGGAAAAUUUAAACAUUUCCGCUACAGAAGUGACAAGACUUGAAUACAUGGAAAAUUUGAAAUAUUUAAAGUAUAUUAAUUGCUCAGCUAUGUCUAAAACUCUUGUUCUUAAUAUUCCGGAAUCUAAUAUGAUAGAGGCGAUGGUUAUGCUAAAUAAUGAGAGUUGCGAUCUUGAUCCUAUUCUGAACAGAACGUACUUAAGUUUAAGAAUUUUGGUUUUAGCAACAUGCUAUGUUGUUAAAUCGGAAAAAUUCAAAUCUUUCGUUGAUAGGCAUAAUAGACUUGAAUGUUUAGGUUUUGUUCAAGGCCACGAAGAUUUUCCGUUUAUGAAUCCUGAAUCGCCCGAGUAUAGGCCUAAAAUCAGUAUUCUAGGAGUUAAUGACUUUGUACAACAGUUGAACACACUUGCUACUUUUAAGGAAUGCCUGAUUUUUGAGCCUAACUUUUUCAACUAUAUGGAACAAGAAUUGAAUGAAAACUAUGACAGUAUCGAUAAAACUUGUCUUUUAAAAAUUCUUAAUAUUUUACUUGAAGAUAUUACUUAUUUGCGAUUGGUUAACGUAUCUAUCAAUGGAGAUAAUGCAAUAUUUUCAUGUAUUCAUAAAAUUAUAUGUCAUCUUGGACCAUCUAUAAGCAAAUCUCUUAUGAGAAAUAUAGUAAAUAAGUGCAUAAAAAAUAUGAUUAUUAACACGGAUUCUUUUUUAUGUAUUCUAGAAGAUAAUAUUCAUCUUUUAUCUGAGAAAUAUCAUUUAUGUUUCAUAAAGUUUAUCUUGCAUUUACCGGAAAUUAAAUUAAGCAAGCGAAACUUUUUUGAAAGUGAAGAAUUUAAGAUGGGAUGUCAGAGAGUUUCCGAUAUAUUUGCUGAUUUUUGUAAAAUUUUUAAUGAAAAAACUCUGUUAGGAAAUGAAAUAAUAGAAAUUGUUGAAGAUGUUCAAACUAUUUUUUCGUCUUUUGAGGGAAGUAGUGGGAUAUUAAACAUUUUUAAAGAUAUGUUGAAUUUACAUCAGCCAUAUAAUGAGCAUAGUAGAAUUACUGAAAUUCUAUGGAAAAUGGAAUUAUUGUUUCAAAAUUUAUUACGUAUUACUGUUGAUAGUCCAAAGAUAGCAGAUAAUUUUCUUCGGAAAAAUAUAAGAAAUAUUCUCUUGGAGAUAUUAAAGGUUUUACACGGUCGAAUAAAUUUUUUGAGCUUAGUUGGAAAUGUACUUGGAAUUUUGUAUAACGCUCUAGUUUAUUCCAAUUCGUGGUGGGAAUUGAUUAACGACGCUGAAUUAUUAUUUUAUAUUGCUGAGACGCUUAAAAGUAAUAAAGUGUCAAUUUCUCACGCUGCCGGAGGGAUACUUUCACACGUUUUGGUAUUACGUAACUUAAAUAGAGAUAGGAGAUUACCUUCUGAAUUUUCAUAUAAUAAAUAUGAAUAUCUUUUGCUACGUAAUAUUGAAUUUUGGACAAGCGAUAUUAAAGUUUUUGUUUCGUACAAGAAUUUCGAUUGUCUUCUCCCCCUAUUGGAUUCCGAUGUAAAAGCAGCAAAAUUAUGGGCUUUGUGGACUAUACGAUACUUUUGCAAAGAUAAUAGUAAAAUCUACGUUCCAUUGGCAAAGAAAGCUGGAAUUAUAGACAAGCUGAAGAAGGAUAUGAAUGAAAAAUCAACAAAUCACGAUGUAUUCUCUCUUAUUAUUGAUAUUUUGGAAAUUCGUUAAAAAUCAUUUUUCCUUUUUUUUCUGAUUUAAAGUCAACGUUUUUUUGUUAUUUUGUUAAUUAUAUUCUGUUGCCAUUUAACAAAUUUAAAGAGACAAAAAUUUAGUAAUAUUUUUUUUUUCUUUUGGCAAAAAGACUAAACUUUUCCUUUUUUGCCAUUCAAAAACUUUGUUUGCUUUUUUAUUAGUUUGUUCUUUGUUCAAUAUUUCUAGAUUGGAUAAACAACUUCUUUUCAGUUUUAUUU